AUGUCGGGCGGGUCAAGUAUCAAUUUUGAUUCCGUGUGCUGUGUGAGACGUCAAUCAACUCGGCUCGAUCUAGCGAGCGAUUUAAGGCCGACCAAUGAGGCGCCGGACCUCGGGGGCAUAAAUAUGGGCAAGAAGAAGGUGUGGAAGCGCUUUUUCUGCCGUUGCUGGCUAGGAGGUGUUCUUGAAAGCAUGCCCGCGAAUGAAAAUAUGCAGCCUGAUACAGCGGUAAUCGAAGGGUCGGGUGCUGAAGAAGGAAUUUAUGAAGACAUGCAACCCGCUGUUCCGGACCCGGGAGAGGCUGUUAUUUACGAGGAAAUGGCUCCGGUACGAGUACCAGACAGGCGCCAGUGCAUUCACUUCUUGCUAGAUCAGCUAGGGGAUAGACGUGGUGAACGUUUCACAGGUGGUGAGUUGAUCGAUAUUCUGGAUGUUGUGUACACAAAACCACUAGCUAAUUGCUGUCUCGAUUGCGAGAUUAUUGAAUCUCACCAAAAUCCAAGAUCAGAUGAAGAAUCUGAUUCUGGCCGGGGUUCAGAGGAAGAAAAUGGACCGAUGACCCCACCGCCAACCCCUGCAUCCACGCCGGCAAGCCCUGAGGAGCAGUCUGAGGCAGAGAAGAUUAUCUGUGUAGAGGAGUUAUUUCCUGAUGUAUGGAACGACCCGAUCGACCUGGCAGCGUUGGCAAGACAAGUUGAAGGAGAAUUGAACCCGGAGUGUUGUUACCGGUGUGGAAUGGUUGAGCUGUUUCAAAAAAAAAAGCAGAGUCUUGGAGACCCAAGGGGGCUGAUGCAACGUCAAAAUUAAGAGUUGUAGAAUUGUUUUGUAGAAUGGAAAAGCCAAAGUGCACAGGGGAUGGUAGGGGUGUGGGUCGGUGCCCUCUCUUCUGUAUAUAGCGACCUGAAUAAAGAAAAAGUAUUCAUUGCUGUAAA